CCUAAGUCACGAGGAAAGACACUUCCGUAGUUUACAAACCCAAGCUAAAUUUACGAGCUGCAUUGUUACAUACAAACUAGGAACAAGAUGGAUCCAUUAUGGUGUCUUCUCUUGGUGUAUCUGUCUGCAGUUUCUGCGCAGUUUGUGCCACCGUACACUGAAGAAUGUCAGACGGGGAUGUAUCCCCCCAAAGGCCCAACAUCCAAAGGGGCUGUCACCUGGUACACCAUAGACCUGGAUUUGCCCCCCAGCGAAAGAUGGAAACCAAUCAUUAAUGACAAAAAAGCUGAGUUGGUCAGCAUGAUCCAGGCUAUUAGGGAUUUGGCCAACGCUUUCGUUCCUAGUGGGAAAUUGAUAGAUUUGGUUGACAAGGACUUGCCUCUGAUAGUGAGUACCCUUCCCUACCCAUUCAACGAGGAAAUUAAAGGAAUUGCUACUGCCUCUGGUGUUCCCCUUGGUGAGGUGGUCCUCUUCAACAUCUUUUAUGAGGUGUUCACCGUGUGUACUUCGCUAGUGGCAGAGGACUUGAAUGGUAACCUUGUCCAUGGACGGAAUCUGGACUUUGGACUAUUCAUGGGUUGGGACACAAAGAACCGGUCCUGGCUGAUAACUGAGAAACUCAAGCCUCUGGUGGUCAACAUUGACUUCCAGAGAGGCAACAAGACGGUCUUCAAGGCCACCAACUUCGCUGGCUACGUGGGAAUGCUAACUGGCAUGAAGCCGCACGCAUUCACUCUGACCAUGAAUGAACGCUUCAGCCUUGACGGAGGGUACAUCGGCAUCGUGGAGUGGAUCCUGGGAAAAAGAGACGGGAUGUGGAUGAGUUUCCUGACUCGUUCUGUCUUAGAGAAUGCCACCAGCUACGAGGAGGCCAAGAUCCGCCUGGCCCAGACUAAGUUGCUGGCCCCAGCAUACUUCAUCCUGGGAGGCAACCAGACGAGCCAAGGCUGUGUUAUCACCCGCUCCAGAGUACUCAGCCUUGACAUCUGGGAGAUUGAUCUGAAGCUGGGCCGCUGGUAUGUCCUAGAAACUAACUACGACCACUGGCAGGACCCUCUGUUCCUGGAUGACCGCAGGACUCCGGCCAUGAAGUGUAUGAACCAGACCACGCAGUCAAACAUUUCCCGGAAGACGGUGUAUGACGUGCUGUCGACAAAACCGGUCUUGAACAAGCUGACUACGUACACCACGCUGAUGGAGGUGUCCAAGGGCGUACUGGAGUCCUACAUCCGUGACUGCCCUAACCCCUGUAUGCCUUGGUGAAGCCUGACAGAGAACCGUUCGGGAGGCCUUGUCCUACACGUGGCUCUAACGUGUCCUUCGUCCUGAUUGUCCACAUCCCAUAUUACAUUUUGAUACAGGGUGCAGAUGGUUGAAAGACUGUGGUGAGAUGUCAAGUGUAAACGGAGACAAUCAGGCCAUGAUCCUAGGUUGGAAGCAGGUUUAAAUGGUCUUUUACACUAACCGUUAUUGAUGGUGAUGGUCUCCUCUGAUACAGAGACAGCUUGAGGAGCCUGGCAUAUAUUAAGUCUGUGACUAACUCUGACCCUAAUGGCCUUGCAUUACAGAUAAAUUGGCAAGAAUAUGAAAGGCUUCUUAAUAGAAUUGAAGAUAUGAGAUCCCUCAUCAAGUUUAGGACCUAUAAAAUAAUUUAUUCUUAAAGAAUAGGGUAUAAGUUAAAUGCCUUGGUUUAAGUGUUGUACUGAACCCAGAUUUUUGCACAAAUGUAAGAUAUUUUGGAAGUUGAUGGGUUUCUUUGAUCUGGGAAGGGUUCAUCAAGCAAACACUAUCCUGUGGCACCCCCAACUAAAUGUUCCUUUAAUAAAAAAUAACAUGAGUCUUUCCAGUAA